GACGGCGCCUGCGCGCUGCGAGGCUGGCCGGCCGGGACGGGGCGGGGCCGGCAAACUUGUGUGCCUCGUCGUCCCCGGACGCUCCGGGACACCCGGCGGGCGGCUGGCACCAUGAAGAUCUGGACUUCGGAGCACGUCUUUGAGCACCCAUGGGAAACAGUUACAAUGGCAGCAAUGCAGAAAUACCCAAACCCCAUGAACCCGAGCGUGGUUGGUGUUGACGUGCUGGACAGACAUGUCGAUCCCUCUGGAAAGCUGCACAGCCACAGACUGCUCAGCACAGAGUGGGGCCUGCCUUCCAUUGUGAAGUCUCUUAUUGGUGCAGCAAGAACGAAAACAUACGUGCAAGAGCAUUCUGUAGUUGACCCGGUGAAGAGGACGAUGGAGCUCAAGUCCACUAACAUCUCAUUUACAAAUAUGGUCUCAGUAGACGAGAGGCUCACCUACAAACCGCACCCCCAGGACCCAGAGAAAACUGUCCUGACCCAGGAAGCCAUCAUCACUGUGAAAGGGGUCAGCCUCAGCAGCUACCUCGAGGGACUCAUGGCAAGCACCAUAUCUUCCAAUGCUAACAAAGGCCGAGAAGCCAUGGAAUGGGUGAUCCAUAAACUGAACGCCGAGAUUGAAGAGUUGACAGCAUCAGCGAGAGGAAGCAUAAGGCCAAUGGCAGCGGCGGCAGCGUUAGUGGAGAAAUGACAGUGGAGCCCGGUGUGCAGCAGCAGGCCCAGGACUCUUCAGCUGACAGCAUAUUUAUUUGUUAUUUAAAAGAUACAACUAUUUUAGGUAGAUUUUAUUUUUUUUUUUUAAUGAGCUGGAGAAAGCUGUGACUUUUGAUCAAAACAAAAGGUCAGAGCUUCUAAAUCAAAGGGAUCAUCAGAGGUUGAAGGGCUUGAACAGACUGACAGCAAAGUCUUGUGUUGAUGCGAACAAUUAACGGGUUGUUUGUUGCUAUUUUUUAAGUACUUGGAAGGAACUGAUGUUGAUCUGGAGUCUUAGGUAGACUCUUAAAGCUCCAGAUACUGGAACACUACUUGGCUGUGGACCAACCAAAACAGCCCAGCUGCCCUCAUGUCCAGAACUGCCUGCGUGAGGAACUCACUUUACAAGGAGAAAUUGUAUAACUUCAAAUGACAUUGAUUUGUAUAAAAUAACCUUCCCUGCUGGAAACCAGUGUUUGGAUUUGGUACUUAAAUGAUAUUUUUUGGAGUGAAAAUUAGCACUAAGGUAAUAUGACUCCAGCAGAAAUAGUAUUUUAUUGUAUUAACAGUACUGUAUUGAUUUGCCAAAUUUUGUGACUUAGUAAAGGCAUUCCUUUCCUUGAAUUUGUACUUUUGUGAUUUUGCAUGCUGUACUGUGGGCUGGUUAUGUUAACUGAAAAAAAUAAAGUCAUUACCUGAG